CGUUUCCGCUGCAACUCCAUCAAGGUGGAGAGUGGCAUGUUCAUGGUCUACGAGAGGCCCAACUACACUGGCCACCAGUACUUCCUGAGGAGGGGAGAGUACAAUGACAACCAGCGCAUGAUUGGCAUCAACGACUGUAUCAGGUCCUGCCGCAUGAUCCCCAUGCWCCGCGGCUCCUACAGGAUGAGGCUGUACGAUCGCUCCGACAUGAGUGGCCAGAUGCAGGAGCUGAACGACGACUGUCCCAAUGUCCAGGACCGCUUCCGCAUGUCCGACAUCAACUCCUGCAACGUGAUGGACGGSCAUUGGCUCAUGUACGAGCAGCCCAACUACAAGGGCAGACAGUACUACCUGAAGCCUGGCGAGUACCGCAGACCCAGCGACUGGGGUGGCCUGAGCCCCAGGAUYGGAUCCCUCAGACGAAUCUCUGACUCCAACAACUAAAAGUUCUAUGUCCUACGUCUGUUCUCAAUAAAGCUGCAUGUUCAAUCAAA